UUAUCUGACAACUGACAUCUGACAAGUGUCACACAGUGUAUAGACAUAUUAUUUUAAGGUUAAAAAUUUGAAUUGAAUAAAUUGGGAAUUUUUCAAUUAAAAUAUUAAAAAACAGGUUGUUUCUAUAUGAGAAAAUGGCAUUAUUUAGAAAUGUAUCGAUCAGAAGCAUAAUAUCGAAUACUCAUCGGAUUGUAUUAGCAAACAUUCGCUCCACAUCCACUGCUGUAGUGGACGAAGAUGCUCCGGUUGAAAUAGAAAAUCCAUUUAAGAAAGAAACUCGUCUUUGCAUUUUGUGCAAGAUGAACAUAACACCAGAUUAUAAAAACUACAGGCUGCUUUCGCAGUUUCAGAGUCCAUACACGGGAAGGAUAUACGGUAGACACAUAACUGGAUUAUGUAAAGCAAAACAAGCUGCUGUGGAAAAAGAGAUUCGGAAAGCCCAAAAUUGUGCAUACAUGCCAUAUUACUACAAAGAUAAAACUUUCCUUAAAGACCCCAAGCUGUUUGAUCCUGAAAAUCCAAUCCGUACACAUAGAUUUUAGACUAUUGUAAUUUUACAGUGUAUAUAGUAAUAAAGUAUUUGUAUUUAGA